AUGGAUUUAACCGAAACAUUUGAGCAUCUAUUCACCGGGAAGCAUUUUACAUCUGAUGCAGAAUUUGAAAAAGCCUGUGAAGAUUUUAGAAAGUCGACUGGUGUACGGUUCGCUCGUAGACACGUGUUAAGUCGUCAGGAACCACUGCCAAACCUGCCAAAUCUCCUUCUUAAACAGGGACAGUUUACAUGUUCGGUUUCCUAUUGUAACGCCUUUUUUGCUGUUGGAUCUAAAAAGUGUGGUGUUUACGUAACACGUUUUAAUAUGCAUCAUAUUCAUGGACCGAUGCCCGAAGAAGAAUAUAACGUCGUUUGUGAUCUCACUAAUGUAUUUCGCCAAUACUUUCCCGUUGAUCAAUACUCAACUUUUGAAGAAUUCCACAAUCUUUUAAUCGCUUUUCAGAGCCAUACUGGCUCUUCGUAUGUCAAACGUCACACCGUGAGAUGGCCUGCAGACGCAAUUGAUAAACAGCAUUUAGUUUACGCCCGAGCACAUUUUGAAUGUGUUCGCUACGGUUGGUCAGAAAGUAAUGCAACAUCCCGGCCAGUUAAUAGCAAGCGAAUAGGUUGCAAGGCCUACGUGGUUAUCCAGACUUACAAAGGUUAUGUGCAAAUUUUCCACCUCAAUAUGCAACAUAACCAUGAAAUUACAUCCGAUGAUUUGACUGGAAGUUCGCGCAGUUCACGUCGCCUUCAAAAUUCACAAAUUCGUGCUCCAAAUACGAAUGUAUAUACUUAUUCAUCUGCUCUUUCUGAGGGUGUUCCUCAAGCAACAGAAUGUGUUCCUCCUAAUAUCAUACAGCCAGUGAAAAUCCGACGUAUUCAGGCAGUUUCGGAGACGGUGAAACUUGAGAACUAUAUGUUGAACAAGGUGCAACAAUCGAAAAUGGCCGUAUUGGAUGCCCAACUACAAUCCUUGCGUAAUAUGGCUUUUGCCGAGUUUGGAAUUAUUGGAGAAAAUGGUGAAUGUGACGAGAUGGCUAUUGAAAUGUGUGAAGAGUUACAACAACUGGAAAAUAGUUGGCGCCAGUAUCUAUCUGGUUCCGAGGAACAAAGAGAAACGGCACCAAUUCUUGUGGAAUUCGCAAGUGCUUCCUCAGGCGCAGACAAACGUAGCGAUUUAAAAGUGGACUUACAAGUGGUGUAA